AUGACAAUCGACUGUUCCUCAAAAAUCGCUUUCAUUCCCAACGACAUUUGGGUAGCAAUUACCAGUAAGGUUGCGUCAGCCUCCAUUCGCGACCUGUGCAGUCUCAGAAUGACCUGUAAGGCUGCACGCGAUGCAGGAGAGGCCGAUAUUGUUCACCGGAGUGUUUCCAUCCCACCACCGCAUGCCACGCCGUGGUGGUGGUGCCUCAGCCCGGAGGCCAAGAGAUUCUUUGAUCGAUGCAUCGUAGCUGGCCAUCCAGAGCUUCUGUUUCGGGAGGCACUUCGGGAACUCUUCAUCAGACGUAACGAAAACAUUGGCCUCCAGAUGCUGAAUAGUGCAGCAAGUACAGGCCAUGCAGUAGCCAAAUACGCACUGACCAUGACCUUGCUGCUUCGAACGGACGACAACGACGAAAAACAAAAAGGGCUGGAACUGUAUCGCAAGCUUGAUGCAGCUGGUUCACUCGCUGAGGGUAAGACAAGGUGCUUUUCAAUUCUGACAAUGUCGUGGCCGGGUGAGGUCCAAAUGCCCCGUAUAGAAGAACAACACACCCUAUGUUCCUCACCUAGGUGCUCCACCAGGGGCCACAUGCCUCUUCUCUAUGACUAUCGCAGACGUGCAGCAGAGCGAAACUCCGUCCAUGCUUUCGGAGGGGCCGCUCAUAUCCCCUGCAUCCAGUGUCGCAUAGACUACGACCUGCAAGCCUUCGUCAACCUUCCAUGA